AUGGAUUUCACUACAUUACAAGUUCCCGACACCACGAAGCCCUUCGAGUUAUACACGGAUGUUUCUGGUUAUGCGAUCGGAGCGGUGCUAGAACAAGAAGGCAAGCCCAUCGGUUUCCUCAGCCAAGUUAUGGACCCCACACAACAGAAAUACUCGAUCUACGAUCAAGAACUCUUGGCGUUGGUUACGGCCCUGGACAAGUGGUCUCAUUUGCUGCGUGUCUCCAAAGUUACAGCUCAUACAGAUCACCAAGCUCUUACGCAUCUCCAACGACUCCAAGCAUCGAAGCCUCUGCGCGGACGCACUGCUCGGCGGUUAGAUUUGCUGGUCGAGUCCCCGGAUUUGCACAUCGCUUAUGUUCAAGGAGCGCGCAAUCAGGCGGCUGAUGCCUUGUCUCGCCGUCCCCGUCUCUCUAACACCUGA